AGAAAGAGAGAAAGAUAUAUACAGAGAGAGAACAGAGAGGAUCAUUAAAACCUCCACUCACUCACAGACUGAACCCUCAGCCCAGAGAGAGAGAGAGAGAGAGACACAGAGAGAGAACAGAGAGAGAGAGAUGAGCUGGUGUAUUUGCCCUCUGCUGCUCUUACUCAGCUUCUCCAAACCGUGCUGGGGCUCUUCAUCUACCAUUGAUGUAACUGUUCGUCCAGGAGAAAACGUCACUCUGCCAUGUAACGUGCCCUUCAGCACCGACAUGGUCUGGUAUCAGCAGAGCAACGAUGAGCUGAAGCUGAUCAUCUCAGUGGUGAGAGGGAAUCUUCAAAAAGAUAGUGUUGUGAACUACAACGCAAAUUCCAGCCACUUUCAGCUGUCUGCAGAGAGUGUAAACGACUCUUUGAACCUGGUCAUUGUGGCUGUUGGAGAGUCAGACGCUGGGCUCUAUUACUGUGGAGGACGACUCAGUAGGCAAUACAGACACUUUGGGAAGGCCAUCCGCUUGACUUUUCCAGGUGCAGAGAGAACCGAGAAAGGAACUGGACUCUGCUGGAAGCUGCUCAUCACCUCUGCCUGCAUCCUCGCUCUGGCGCUCCUGCUUUGCGUCAGCGGGCUUUUAUACAGACUCGGUCGUCCAUCAUCGUUCUGUAUGAACUGUGUGAAACAGAACUCCAACCUGAAGGCGGCUGAUCUGCAGUAUGCUAGUCUCAGACACACCGCAAAGACCCAGGAGAGGCAGCCAGCACCUGCUGACCACAACGUGAUCUACGACGUGGUUGCCAAAACGAUCCCAACCAAUCCUGGCGUUUAAACUAAACACCCGUCUGUCUGUUAGAGUACAUCAUCUCUGUCGGAGAAAAACUUUGUAUCUCCAUUUCUGCUUAUUUUAUUUUCUUGUAGAAUCUGAAAAUGCUUGCUGCCAUUUAUACUGUGCCAAAAUUUCACAGUGAACAGACGAAUAGAUUUGAAAUUUGUUAACAUCAACUUACACUGAAAGUCAGAAAUGUUUCUUCCUUCUCCUGUAAAGCUACUUUUUUGGACAUACAAGGUUUUGUUCCCUGAGCAGUGAUAUGUCUUCAUUAAUCAGUAUUAUAUAAGCUCAUACAGAAGCUGGUUCUUCUUCAACAAGAUUACAGAAACCUUUAUUAGUAUCAGAUUGCAAUUUAUUACAUUGUUUUUAUUUCCAAAUGUUACCUUAUAUUUCACAAAAUGUCACAGUGAUAC